AAUUACAUGCUGCUGUAGCCGGACGGAAACGUGCGUUUGUUUUUAUGAUCUUUUAUCUCAUAUUUCAUCUUUAAAAUGGUGCGAAAACUAAAAUUUCACGAGCAGAAAUUGCUCAAGAAAGUAGAUUUUAUAUCAUGGAAGGUGGACAAUAACUUGAACGAGGUGAAAGUGAUGAGGAAGUACUAUAUUCAGAAACGAGAAGAUUACACGAAGUACAAUAAGCUAUCCCGUGAAAUCCGUGAGGUAGCGAACAAGAUCAAAGACUUGGACCCGGCGUCGGAGUUCCGCACGGAGUCGAGCGCGCUGCUGCUGGAGAAGUUGUACCAGAUGGGGCUGAUCCCGACACGGUGGGACCUGGCGCUCGCCAUCAACGUGUCCGCGAGCUCCUUCUGCCGCCGGCGGCUGCCCGUCGUCAUGUGUAGAAAUAAAAUGUCAGAGAACCUGAAAGAAGCGACAAAGCUGAUUGAGCAGGGCCAUGUCCGUGUGGGCCCGGAGGUGGUGAAGGACCCUGCGUUCCUGGUCAGCCGGUCACUGGAGGACUUCGUCACUUGGGUCGACGGCUCGGCCAUCAAACGGCAUGUCAUGGAGUAUAAUGAAAUGAGGGACGAUUUUGAUCUGCUUUGAGUACACACACGCGAGGACAAGAUAUAUUUAGGUUAGGUUAUAUGUAACGGUAUUUAAGAUUAUAGAUUUUAAGGUAUGUGUGAAUGUGUUGAUCAUAUUUCCUCUAUGGCACUGGUCCCACCGCGAGCUAGUAAGCUAUGAGCUAUCGACUAUUAAAACGGACAAAAGAUAGGCACUCCCGUGCAAAUAAAAGUGACACGGCGAUAUUGAUAGCUCACCGCUGGGCGAGUAACUAUAAACAUCCGCCGUGUCUCUUUUAUUUACACGGGUGUAAUUAUCUUUUGUUCAUUUUUAUAGCCGAUAGCUCAUAGCUUACUAGCUCGCGGUGGGAGCAGUGCCUGGUUUAAAAGUGAAAUUCAUCUAACAUUAAUUUUUCAAGAAGUUGUGGCAAUCUUAAAAUAUUAUAUUAUUUCUGUAUUAUUAUUAUUUAUUUUAGGUAAUUACAAACAUAAAUCUCUAAUUAAUUUACAUAGUAUCGUUAAACCAAUAAGGUUUGUCUCGAUACCUAUUCCAUUCCGCGGUAGAUGUUAUACAAUGCAACAAUCAUAUAAUUAUGUAGGUAUUCUAUUCAUUAUACAUACUCGUAUUAUAACCAAAACAAGAAACCGCCAGCAUUGCACUGAGCGCAAAUAGCAUUUAAGUAAUAGCACAUAAUUAUUGUUACUUAUUUUCCUUGUUGUUGGCAGCCGCCCGCUUUGGCCGGACCGGUUUGCGCUCAGCCAAAUACAGGAUGCUCCAAUUAUGUACUCCAAGUAUUUUUUAAUAAUAAAUAUUUUACUGAGUAAACAUCCAAAUUGUUUUCCUAAUGGUGACUAUUUAGAGAAAUACUUAAAAAAAGAUUUAAUAAAGUUUCAGUAUCAAGAGAAUUGUUUUUUUUUUAUGA